AUGGUCAACGACGUCAACGGCGUCAACGGGAGCGGCGGCGGCGGUCCGGGCCGCGGCUCGAUGAUCGUCCUCGCUGCCCCACCUCGUGAGACCAAACGCCGGCGAUCUGACGUUUUUGAUGAUCUUGACCCAGCUCACCAAAGUACAGCGCAGCCGAUGUUGGCGGGCCGCCGCUGCUUCGUCACGGUCGGAGCAACGGCCAGUUUCCGGGCCUUGCUCGACGAGGUCAGCACCCCCGAGUUCCUGCGCUGCCUCGCAGACCACGGCUUCACGGUCCUGGAAGCCCAGUGCGGCCCAGAUCUGGCCGCCUUCCAGGACCGUGUCGCCAGCCUGACUGAGCUGGGGAGGCACGGCGUCGAAAUCCGCUGCUUCGAUUACACGGGCGACCUAGUGUCGCAUAUCGAGGCCUGCCGCGGCGAGGCGAAUGUGAGGCGCGCCGGCUGUGUCAUUUCUCACGGCGGCACUGGAACUGUGGGCGAGGUCCUGAGUGUCGGCGCCGCACUGAUUGUCGUCGCGAACCCGACACUGAUGGACAAUCACCAACUUGAGCUGGCCGAGACCCUCGAAGAGGAGAACCGGGCCGUCCAAGGACACCUUGGCAACCUUACCGCCGCCAUCGAGCGCAUCGCCGAGCGAAUCCGCCAAGGCACGUUGGACGCCCUCCCGCCGUACUCUCCACCGCCGUUUCCCGUUCCCGCCGCCGAUCGCGUUACGCUCUUCGAUUGGAUCGUACUGACCUGCUACCCAGACGAGCUGGAGGCGCAGGAGCGACUGGGCAAUCUGGCCGUGGCUCCUGCCGUGGCCGCUGCCAACAACAACAACAACAUCAACGACCUCGAUAACAUCAGUUUCCUCCGACUGGAUUAG